AUGGAGCCUGCGUUUAUCGACGCAACAGAGCAGCAGCAACUUGCACGGCUUAUCCGUAUGGGAAGAUACCUGAACAUAUCGCGUUCACGAUUCUUACAACUGAUGGCCCAGGGAUUGAGCACAAUAUCCAAGCGCGACGUUAGUCAGGAAUUGGCAUUCAUAACCUGGAAGAAAGUCGUCAUUCCUGGCUGUCCAUUCGGAAAAUGCCUUCGGUCACUCAUAAACAAGACCAAGGCGUGA